CCCAAAUCUUGAAGACGAUGUUUUCAGCAAAUCAGAACUGAGAACCGGAGAAACCCUUGUUUUCCUCUCUUCAACUCCCCAAAUUUGGGUCCAUUUCGCAAUUGAAAUGCCUUCUGAAGAUUCAAAGGCGUUGAAGAAGGAAUCCGUCGAAGAUGAGGAAGAGGAUGAGGAGGAAUGCCUUGGCUCAAUGCUGAAGAACCGGAAGAAAGAAGGUUCCGGCGGCAAUGCCGCCCCGAAACAGUCCAAGGCCAAGAAACCGCCCGCUAAAGUGAAGGAGGAAGACGGUGCUGAAAAGCCCGCUCCGAGAAAAAGCUCGAGCAAGGCUCCUGAUAGUAAAGCUAAAGCGAAGAAAGAAGAGGACGAUGACGAUUUUGAAGAACCUAAAUCCAAAAAUGCGGCUAAUAAAACUGAAAAGGUGCAGAAAAAGGCGAAGAAGGCAACUAAAGAAGCAGAGCAGAAUGGGAAGAAGCGUGAGAAGAAGGUUUAUGAUUUGCCUGGCCAGAAGAGAGACCCUCCAGAGGAGAGAGACCCAUCGAGGCUUUUUUAUGAAUCUUUGUACAACCAAUUGCCAGAAAGUAACAUGGCUGCAAUCUGGAUGAUGGAGUCUGGUUUGCUAUCCAAGGACAAGGCGAAGGAAGUUUUCGAGACGAUUAAGAAAAAGGCACAGCAGCAGAAGCACAUUUCGCCAAAGAAAUCUGUCAAGAAAACCACCGCUGCUUCUCCUGUGCCCGCUAAGAAGACGCAGACGCCUUCUCCGGCUGUGUCUACACAGAGAAAGAAAGCUGCAGGGUCUGAAGCCAAACCAAAACAGUCAAACAAGCGCAAGAAGGAGGAUGAUGACUCUGAUGAUGGAUCAGAUGAUGACUUUGUUCUGGCUCCAAGAAACCCAAAGAAACAGAAGACAUCCUAGAUUCUUUUUCAUUAGUGAAUCUUGGUUUUCCUAAUCUAAUUUAGAGAGAGAGAGAGAGAGAGAGAGAGAGAGAGCGGGAUGCUCAUUUCUGCUUCUGCAGCUACUUCUGGGCACCAUUUUCUAACUAAUUUUGUUAAAACUGGAUUCUUUUAAAUAUUAAAAUGUUAACAGUAUUCCCCUGUUUCUUCAACCAA